AUGGCCCUCAAUCUCGUUGUUUCUCUCGUCUCCAUCCUCAUAUCCUCCAUUUUCCCACAACCAAGAGCUUUCCAACACCCUCAUGAUUUGUUCGGCCUCUCGCCGAACUCCGCCAACUUCAUCAGCUCCACAAGUUCACCCACUUCAUCCACUUCAAUUCCUCUAACCCCUUCAAUAGGCGCCCCUCCUCUGGCCCCUGCAUUAUUUGUCAUUGGAGACUCCUCCGUCGACUGCGGCACCAACAAUUUCCUCAGCACGCUUGCACGUGCUGACCGGCUCCCUUACGGUCGAGACUUCGACACGCACCGCCCAACUGGACGGUUCUGUAAUGGAAGAAUCCCAGUUGAUUAUCUUGCUUUGCGUCUUGGACUUCCCUUUGUACCAAGUUAUCUUGGGCAGUCUGGAAGCGUGGAAGAUAUGAUCCAUGGAGUGAAUUAUGCAUCUGCUGGUGCUGGGGUUAUAUUCUCAAGUGGUUCGGAAUUGGGUCUACACAUCUCGUUCACCCAGCAAAUUCAGCAGUUUACAGACACCUAUCAGCAGUUUGUAUUAAGUAUGGGCGAGCAUGGUGCAAAUGAUCUCAUCUCGAAUUCGGUGUUCUACAUUUCUAUUGGAAUUAAUGACUACAUACACUACUAUCUCCGUAAUGUAUCCAAUGUGCAAAACCUCUUCCUGCCGUGGAGUUUCAACCACUUCAUAGCAUCUACAAUAAAGCUGCAAAUCAAGAACCUGUACACCGUGAAUGUCAGGAAAGUGGUGGUCAUGGGGCUGGCACCUAUUGGUUGUGCUCCUCACUACUUGUGGGAGUACAGAAGUGAGAAUGGAGAGUGCAUUGAAGAGAUAAACGACAUUGUUAGGGAGUUCAACUUUGUCAUGAGAUACAUGAUCGAGGAGCUCGGCGAAGAGCUUCCUGAUUCCAAAAUCAUAUUCUGCGAUUUGCUUGAAGGCUCCAUGGACAUAAUAAAGAAUCAUCGACGCUAUGGUUUCAAUGUGACUGCUGAUGCUUGCUGUGGGUUGGGUGAGUAUGGGGGUUGGAUCAUGUGCUUAUCAUCAGAGAUGGCUUGCAGUGAUGCUUCCAAUCAUAUAUGGUGGGACCAGUUCCACCCAACUGAGGCAGUGAAUGCCAUACUUGCAGACAACAUCUGGAAUGGCCUGCACACAAAUAUGUGCUAUCCCAUGAACUUGGAGGAAAUGGUUGUUUCUAAGGAAAAAUGA